AUGGCCAAACCUCAGCCCUCUUGGGCCCUUGGCGUCCCGGGCCCCGACUCACCCGCAUCGCCGCGAACCAUGCGAACCCUCCGAAAGAUCCAAUCCCACCAAGUGCUGUCAACCUCUAGCGCUCUCAUUGCCCAGACCCGGACCUCUCGUCAAGCUAGGUCUCCUGAAGCUGAUCCUGAAUCUGCAGCAACUCCUGGUGCUGCAACGCGAGUGCGCGCGCAUCGCCGAGCUCGAUCAAACAGCGAUGCUUCUCGUGAAGCUGCAGCAACACCACCUGUGACUCAGAGACGACCCGCGCGUAAAACAGGGUCUGGGAUCGGUUUAAAGCGAUCGUUUCUGGAGAAUCUUUUGCGCGAUGGACCGCAGAGUUCAAAUCCACACGAGGGACUGCGCGAGCUCAAAUACCUCGUCCUAUCCAGCCGAGUGGAUGCUGACGGAGAUGGCAUGUCGCCAUACCGAAUCUACCUCUGGCUGGCCCUCCUCGACAUUCCUCCUAUGCCAACCGAUGACUACCUUGCUCUCAUCCACCGCGGCCGUUCUCCUGCUUACGCCAAAAUUCGUAAUGACACUUUCCGCACACUAGCCACAGACCCUCUCUUUAAACGCCGAGUUACAGAAGCAAGCUUGAUUCGCCUCCUGAACGCUGUGGCAUGGAAACUCCACGAUUCCAGGCCAAAACCUCGGUCUCGACAGACAUCCUCUCGGCCCCGUGAGAUGGAGCUUCUAUUUAACGCGCCAGCCAGCGUUGAAGAGGAGUCCCCCUUUGGUGGGGAGCUAGAGACAGUCUCUAAUAGCACCACAACUGAUUCGACCAUGUACGUCCAAGGCAUGAAUGUCCUGUGUGCGCCGUUCCUCUAUGCUGCCCGCAGCGAGGUGGAAGCAUUCGCUCUGUUCCACUACUUUGUCACACGCGAAUGUCCAGGCUACAUCCGUAAUACUAUGGAUGGAGUCCACAAGGGUCUUCGUUUGGUCGACCGAUGCCUUGAGAUUGUGGAGCCCAAGCUUGCAGUAUAUUUAUUCUCGAAGGGGAUGCACGCCGAGCUCCCGAACAAAAUCCUCCGCUCAUUCCCUCCCCUUGAUGCAAAGGAGAUCAUUGCUUUGACCGUUCUUCUCGUUCGUAAGAUUCCAGAGGACCUUUACGCAGAGAUGAUCAGCCAUGCAAAAUAG